AUGUAUGAUGCAACGACUCCAAAAUGGGUCCAGGAUAUUUUCGCAUCGACAUUAACCCCGAAGAGCGUCGACGAUACCAGCACCUUCAUCGUUGCCCUUGAAGGAUCCGGAAAUUCUGCUGUUUUCCGCAAGAUGGCGCAUGCAGGAAACCCGUCGCUACGCUUUCCAUUCUCCAUCCUCGUUCCUGAGGCGAAUAUAUCCUACUACACCGUGCCCCUUGCCUGGCUCCUGAGCUUCUCGCCGCAUAUCUACGCCGUGGUGCGCUACAAAGCCCACGGCCAGCCUGCCGGUACCGAGUCUUAUAAAUUCAACACCGCCUCGCCGCGCACGUUCCCAGACACCCUUAAAGCGAACCCGCAUCUGUCCCAGGAGACCAAGGACCGCCUCUUCCGCGCCGAGGCGGCAUCUCUCAAUGGACUCGAGAACCUGGGCUGGUUCGCUGCGGCCGUUGUGGCUGCGAAUGCCGCGGGCGUUGACGGCGCCUGGGUGAAUGGACUGAGCUUGUGGUAUCUCUUCAAUCGGGUGGCGUUCAAUCUUGCGUACAUCCGUGGCGUCGACGGGAAGGUCAGGGGGAUGUGGUACUAUGGAGGCGUUGCGGCCACGAUCACUUUGUUUAUCAUGGCUGGCAAUGCGGCCAAUAGGGUGAAGAUGUGA